AUGUCUUUUACUCAAUACGAUCAUAAUACAACAGAUACAGAACACGAAUUUAUAAACCAAAGCGACAACAACGACAAUACUACUCAAAUAACCCAUGAUGAUUCAUCUCUAUUCAGAAAAGGAAAGAAGAAAUUGCAUCGCCUGCCAGAAGUGGACCCAAAUAAGCCUUGCUUUGUACAUCAACUCUCGGUAGAGCUCAUCACCCACAUUUUCUCCAGACUGGAUCCAGCUAGUUUGGCUACUGUAGCCAAGGUCUGCACCUAUUGGAGACACAUUGUUAUGGACGACAGUUGCUGGAGAGAUGCCUUUGUAUCUUACUUUGGAGGUUUGCCAUUCAAAAGACUUUCAGUGGAAAGUUGGAAGACAGAGUACAUUCUACGAACGCAUCUAGUCAGAAAAUGGACAAAAGGCCGUGGCAAUGUCAUGACAUUUAACCCCAAGAUUGGGUCUCUUGAAGCUAUGCAAGUUGAUUUCGACGACACCACCAUGUUGGUAGCCAGUACAGAGCACGGCGUAGCAGCAAAAUGCAACCCCAUGACUGGAAAGGUAUCUCAUCGACACUUGCUGUACAGCACAAACGAAAGCGUUCGUCUGCAAUUGACAGCUGUCAAAAUGGAUAAGGAUCGUGUCUUGUGGGGAUUUGGUCCUGGAUUCAUCACACUAUCCACUCGCACGAAAUCUGCCGGUCGUCUCAAAGUGUUUUCUGAAUUCCAUCAAGGAUCUGUGCGCAUCUUGUCGCUGCCACAGCAUGUUCAGGAUAUUGUGCUGAGUGGUGCUGAGGACGGCACUGUCAAGAUUUGGGAUGUCACAACCACCUCUUGUGCUUGGACUCUAUUACCUGCUUCUGCGUCUGCUCGUGUGCCCACCUGCUUGGAAGUAACGGCAGAUCAUCGUAUCAUCAUUGGCUAUGAUGAUGGCUCGAUGGUUGUUUGGCAUGUCAACUUGAAUCAUCUGGUGCAACUGAGUCGAAACCGACACCAAGAGGACUUUGAGGAGAAGAGGGCUAUCUUUAAAAAGAAAUUACAAGACGAGAAAGUGGUCUUGAAUGCGCCUACGAGUGAUUCGCGCUUGAGCGUGACAUGUGCAAUCUACGAUGUCGAUUCAAAUAUGUUGGUCGUUGCUUAUCAGGGUCAUCCAGAUGCCUUGAAAUACUGCACCAACACAGGCAGUGUUGUUGGCACCUUUAGCUAUGGACAUGUAGCAGGUUCGUCGGUCACUUGCAUGAAAUGGGACACGUCUCCUAUCUCCACCACACUGUCAUUGGAAUCCGCGUUGAAGCCUCGACCUGCGACUGCAAAAAGAAAAGGCGGUGGCAUCAUUGAUUUAUCGGCAUCCGCAUCUUCAUCGCCAGCAAGUAAAUCAGGCCAAUCUUCUGGACAAGGCACCCCAUUAUCAGUAUCAUCUGUCAAGACAACUCGCUUACUUGUCACUGGGGACGAUAUGGGACGCAUCUGCUUAUGGAAUGGCGAUGAUGUAAACAAGGAGGGUUAUUCAAUCAAACCGAUUCGUAUCCUCGAUGGUCAUUUGGUUGGUAUCAGCGCCAUUUACAUCGACGCUUGCAAGAUUGUUACUGGCAGUGAUGACGGUUGGAUUUACAUGUGGGAUCCUUUGACUGGCGCCAACAUCAACACGCUCGGAAACAAGAUACCCAAGCAUGCACCUGUCGAUCGCUCAGAUAUGAGUGUGAUGCGCGUCAAAAACCUCUGGUGCAACGAUUAUCAGGGUGUAGCGACCAUUGGACAUCAAGUCAAGACAUGGGAUUUUUCUCCUGGCAAACAGUUCUUGAGUAGACGUGCAUUGAAACAAAAGGGAGGAAGAUCUGGCAACACUGUGGUCAGAGACAGAAUUCGUUAUGAAAUUGGUCGCGAAGUCAAGGAAUCAAUCAGUAAACUAGAAUCCGAGAAACUGGAGCGAGAAUUGGAGGCAAAAGAAAUCAACAAGCUUUCACUGGGUGGGUUGUCUGACGAAGAAAUGCUGGCUUAUGCAAUGAUGCUUUCAGAGCAAGAGACAGCAAAUACGACGACAACGACAUCUCCACGCAACACAUCUGAUUUCAUCGACGAGGAUGAUGAGGAGUUCAUGAAGGCGGUGAUCGCAAGUUUGGAACAACCUACCUUUGAUCAAGCAGCGGUGUCUGAUGAGAGCUCGAGUAGUAAUCAGGGUGCAAGCAACUCUAUCAGUGCUGCUGUUAGUAAUGGUAACUCAUCUUAUCUCAACAGCCAAAGUGGCGUUGCUAAUGACGAUGAUGAUUACCAUCAAUGGCCCACAAUAGCAGACUCUGUUGCAAUACCGUCAUCAACUCCUCAGCAACAACAACAACAACAAGAAGAGGACCUGGAUGAAGAAUUACGCUAUAUAUUGGAAUUGAGUAAAACGGAUAAAUAG